AUGGACUCGUCGGAAACACGAACGCCAUGCAAAUAUGGUAAAAAUUGUUGUCGUAAAAAUCCAUUUCACUUCAAAAAGCAUCCUCAUCCAAACGAACUGCAGGAUUCUAACGAUGAGUACAUAUCAAAUAAUGAACAAUAUUAUUUAAUAGAGCGAACUCCAUGCAGAUAUGGCGAAGAUUGUUACAAUACGAAUCCAUCUCAUCUCAAAGAAUAUUCUCAUCCGCACGAACUACUAGAUUCUGACGAUGAAUACACAUCGAAUGAUGAACAAUAUUCAUCAAUAGGACGAAUCCCAUGCAGAUAUGGCGAAGAUUGUUACAAUACGAAUUCAUCUCAUCUCAAAGAAUAUUCUCAUCCACACAAACCACAAGACGCUAACGAUAAGUGCAAAUCAAAUGAUGCACAAUCUCCAUUAGCAAAGCAAACUCCAUGUCGAUAUGGUAAAGAUUGUUACAAUACGAAACCAUCUCAUCUCAAAGAAUAUUCUCAUCCGCACGAACUACUAGAUUCUGACGAUGAAUACACAUCGAAUGAUGAACAAUAUUCAUCAAUAGGACGAUUCCCAUGCAGAUAUGGCGAAGAUUGUUACAAUACGAAUCUAUCUCAUCUCAAAGAAUAUUCUCAUCCGCACAAAACACAAGACACUAAUGAUACGUGCAAAUCAAAUGAUGCACAAUCUACAUCAGCAAAGCAAACUCCAUGUCGAUAUGGUAAAGAUUGCUAUGACAAAGAUCCAUCUCAUCUCAAAGAAUAUUCUCAUCCGCACAAAACACAAGACGCUAAUGAUAAGUGCAAAUCAAAUGAUGCACAAUCUUCAUCAGCAAAGCAAACUCCAUGUCGAUAUGGCAAAGAUUGCUAUAACAAAGAUCCAUCUCAUCUCAGGGAAUUUUCUCAUCCACACAAUGAUGUUCAAUCAGAAAUGCACCAAAAUAUUUUAAGAACCAAACAUCACACCCCUAUUUAUUGGGGUAAAAAGGCAUUUACUGAAUCCUAUCAUGAAAUAAAUGUAAAUGCUGGUUCAACUGAAUUCGAGAUCAUUAGUGACUUGCUGAAUGGUACGAUUGAACACCAUGGUAAUAAAUACGGCACAAUUUAUGGACAAGAUCCAGGACAGUUUGUUGUGACGAGCAUAACUCGAAUUCAUAAUAAAACGCUCUGGGAAGAAUAUUGUUUUAAAAAGGAACGAAUUAUAGAGGCAAAUGGCCACAAAUUAGCCACUUGUGAAAGUUCAAAAUAUUUACAAGGUCGCCCAUUGCUGAUGCCCUUGUUAGAUACAAGUGCAAAUGAAUAUUGGCUGUUUCAUGGUUGCGAUCCUAAAACACUGUCAACUUUAUUAAAGAAGGGUUAUGAUUGUCGAGUAUCGAGUGUCAAUGGAAUGUUCGGGGGUGGAUUUUAUCUAGCAGAAAACUCAAGUAAAUCAAAUCAAUAUAUUCCGUGUCCUAGUUGUCAGCAAAAUUGCAUAGAUCGUGAUUCUAAUUGUAAAUGUCAAAACCAAGAAGAUUUCCAGUUUUCAAUUAUUUUUUAUCGAACAGUAUUAGGAGAUAUGCAUAUUGUGAAAGAAUAUAAAUCGGAAAUUUAUCGUGGAACAGAUGUAAGCCAUCCCGUGCGUCGACCACCGCAAAAACCAAAUUCAGAAGAUUUAUACGAUUCUAUAAUGGGUGAAUGUAACAAAUAUGGUGGUAACAGAUUAAGGUAUCGUGAAUUUGUGGUAUACGACACUGCUCAAGCGUAUCCAGAAUAUGUUAUAAAAUAUAAAAGAUCAACAGAAAAACUAAGAUCACCUUCUAAUAUCAAUUCUGUGCAAGAUAGAUACUACACUUUUAUUAAAACUAACUCCAGCUAAUGACUGAAUAAUGUGAUACUAUUAAAAUUUCAAAAAACAUUUAUUUUCUUUAAAUGAGAACUAAAGUGAUGUAUUAACACAUAAUUAUUACUCCAAUUAUACUCAUGCAUAUUCUAUUAUUUUUUAUAUAUUAAAUCAAUAGUAAACAUGUAAACAAGAAAUACAAAUUGAGGAGUAAAUAUAAAAUGGUCACAUGAAAACUUGUAAACACUAAGGACGUUUGCACUUGAAGGAGUUUUCAUUCUCGAUAUAAUAUCGUGUAUACCAACAAAUAGUAACAAUUUACCAUUUGUGAUAUUUAUUUUAUUUGAUCAAUUAGCCUCAAGCACUAAAUCCAAAAAAUUUCGAAUCUCUGUUGUCCCAUAGUUUCAACAACCCCUUCCUUCAUCUCAAAUCUAACAAUAUUAACUAACUAAUAGUUCUACCAAAUCAACCGGAUGUGCGUGUGAGUAUGUCGAUGAACAGAAAAUUGACACUAAUGCUCUCCACCCACACUCCAAUCUUUUCUGUAGAUUUCAGGUGUGGGUAUACGUUAAUGCGAUGCCCACAUUCAGCCACAUCCACUUCUGUCAG